UUGCGGGAGCGCUCUCCGCCGCCCCUCCGCCUCCGUGCCGCGCAGGCGCUCCUGACGCGCUGUCCCGGCGCCGCUCCGCGCGCUUCGGCGUCGUUCCGUACCGGUUCCGUACCGCCGUGCUCCGACGGGGACCCGGCGCCGAAGGGCCGGUGCUGCUGCCGUCAAACUCCGCGUGUUCGGCCCCGAAGGCGCUGUCCAAAUCGGAAACAUGGAUGCGGCACGCUGCAGUGGGAAGAAACCGUGGUGGCCGAGCGCAGAGCCAGCGAUCGGGAGGAUGGAGUUCAAACACGGAGCUGAUCCCACAUGCAGUAUCUGCAGCCCUCAGCUCACCGGAGCGAUGUACCCACAUUUCAUCAGGCAGCAGCGGACCAGCCUGGAUAUUCUCAGAAACCGCAAACACAUCGAGACACCUGGACCUGGAGCAUAUGAUGUAGACAUGGGCUAUCAAGCUUGCUUACCCAGCUCCCCCAGCAUCACCAUCCAAGGAGUCAGGAGACCCAAGAGACACGAAACUGGCCCCUUUACAACACUCUGAGAUGGACUACAGAAUUCCACCCCAAAUCAGGGCCUGCUCCCCUUCACAGUAGUGAAAAACACACAGGACUUCACCUCAAUCUGAAUUGUCUGUAUUUUUUCUAGUCACCAGAAAACCCCCAUCUCCUCUGAUGGAAGGCAUGAGAAAAGUCUGAGCAAAGAACCUAUACCAGAGAAACCCACGCUGCCACCUAAGCCAGAUGUUACCACUGCUGGCUAACCAAGGCCACGCUCCAUCCCAUCAGACACAAAUGCUGCAGACUCGAGGACAGACCUGGACAUACAGCCCUAUCCAGGAUUUUAUUUCUAUCAGUGCCAUCAGAGCACAUGCAGCUCCUCUGAGAGGCAGGCAGCCCAGCUUAUUUGGCAGUUGCUGGGACACUGCAGCAGCCCUGGCUGUACUGAGCUGGGGAAGCUGACCUCAUACAGAAGCACUCACCCCAGUGAAGGGCACCAGCUGUAGUUGUCAGAGCCACAUGUACACCUGGCAUUGACAAGAGCUCACAGAAAGCUCUCCACAGAAGUCAGAGGUGUUUGCCCUCUGCACAUGGGAAUGCUUGCUUAAGGCAAUUCUACUUCUCUAAGCUCUGCAUCACUGCAAGCAAUCAUCUCAGGGAAACGAGAAUCCUACAUCUUUAACAUCUGUGUAAGAACCAUCCCCUUGGUACCUCUGCACAGGGCAGGCAGAGCCCACUUACACAGAACUGGACAAGGACA